CAGAUAGAAAGUUUUGUUUACUUUUGGAAUUUGUACGAGUACGAGUUCAUUUCUCGUGGUGGGCUAAAUUUGAAACUCAGUCUUGUGAUUUAAUCGUUUGUAGGCCUACAAACGUGAGGACUGUUUUUAGAUAUAUUAUGGAACAGAAAUCGAUCAACCAUGCAUGAGCUAUUUACUCAAGUUCUAAGCAAGAAAGAUCUGUCUAAGGCUGGAGAUCUGUUUUCCUUGGCUGACCAAUCUAUAGUCAAUGAUUUGACGGAGGUAAUCAAUGCCAUCGCUGAGAUAACCAGUCUUCCAGACUACGUCAACAACAACAACGAUCAGAGCGUCGUGGAGAUCUGUAUUACAAAGGCUACUUCAGCCAUCAGGGAGACAGGCUCCAUUGAGCAACAUGCGGAUGCUUUGGUAGCUUUGUUAGAGUCAUGCCUGAACUACAAUUUGAAGCCAUCAGCCAAAGACGAAGAUCCACCUCAUGCAAAAAUCUCAUCGGACAUCAUAUCAUGUAUAUUUUUAAACUACAACAAGAAAGAGGUGAUGAAGAGGGCAUUGCCAGUCGCAGUCAAGUUCUUGCACAAAGGCAACCGUGAGUUGUCCCGCAACAUGGCUCCUUACCUUUCACUGGCAGCCAUUGACAAUGCUGACCUUCUGUCCAAACACAUUCAGCUGAUCAUCGACUCCAUCAUAUCAGGUAACUACCCACUAUGCCGUGUGUUGCCUCAGAUCUACGCUGUUGCCAAGGAGCCUAUCCACGAUCACGCGAUGGCUCUUGUCUCACUCUUGCCGCAGUGUGAUCUCUCUGAUAAGUUGGCGCUUCUGCAACUCUUUGCGCACAUAGCGGACAACAAGCCUUCGCUGCUAGAGGCUUCUCUACCUCAGCUGUGCGAAUACCUGAGUCCGAGCACUACAGUGACAGCCACUCUAACAGUUCUACUACACCUGGCUAACAAGAGGGCACAGAUGUUGGUGGACUACGUACCCAAGGUGAAGCAGGCGGCCGAGUGUCACACCAACGCUCUGUGUCUAGCCGCUCAAGUAAUCUCGGCCGUCGGGAAACUUAGCAAGGAAAGAGCGGAGGACGCGUUGAACUUUGUGCUGGAACAUCUGUCCAAAGCCGACCGCACGCAUCAGAGUAUGUUGUUGAAGGAAGCAACGCUAUUGUGUUCCAGCUACCCCGUGUUGUUCACUGAGAAAAUGCUCGCUCAGGUCUACAAAAACAAGAACACCUCCAGUUCUCAGGUGAACCAGACAUCUGCAGGAGUGACCAUCGUUAAGGUCGGCGGCCAAACUACUAACAAUAACAACAACAGUAACACCAACAACAACAACCUCAUCAACAACAAUGUAUUCUCAUUGACAAUGGUUAAACCCAGCCUUACAUCUACAGCACACCACCAUCUCAACAUGACAAGAGACUCGGGUGGAAGACAAGAGACCAGCAGGAUAGUUAUCACUCCCAGACCUAGGCUGGGUCCAGACAGCCGCAGCACCAGUAGGCUACACUCUGCAGCUCACCGCAGCAUGACUCGGCUCAACAUUGUAAAUAACAGCAGGAUCGGUCUUCACAAGAGUAUGACCAGAUUGAGUUCCAGUCAGCAGAUCAAUCAACCUUCUCAUCAGGUUACUACAGUGACUACAAUCAACGGAGCAAGGCAUUACAGUCUGGCCCCAAACAAAGUGUCUAGCGGAGGUGUCUCGGUUACCACCAAGGCAGCUAGCAAUAACGUAUCAGACUCCACAGUGACGGUUAGUACUGCACCGCCUCUUCAUACUACGUCAGUGAGUACGACCCACACGCAUCCGCACAGCUCCAGUAGUUCACCUUUGUCUCAAUCUGUAGUGUCUACUCUCCCCUCCACCAACGCUCUGCACUCCUUAGUAGCUUCUACGACAGGAGCCGUGUCAGUAACACAAACUCUACCUGUGACGGUGAUGAGUCAUGUGGUCUGUCCGAGGAGAACCAACACUAGUGUGACGCUCAUCAACCAAUCACAACACUCCAUCACACAGAGAAUCAGUGUGUUUGAGCCCUACCCCAUGCGAGACACUGUUCAGCAUUUCUGUGAGAAACACCUGGACAAGAUUAAAGCCUACAUGGAGAAAGUAUCAGUCAGGAUACCACCCCCUGCCAAGUGCACUAUUGAAGAGAGACGAGCCAAGAAGCUAGCCAAGCUACAUUUCGCCUGUCAGGGUCGUGGAGAGCAUUGUCUGUACAGCAGGACUUUCUUCACCAUGAGGACACGCAACCCUCGUGUGUGGAUACAUCUCAUGUUCCUCGCACUCCAGGCUCGGUCCCCCUCCGCGCUCAGCUCCAGGGACAGCUCCGUCUCCAGCCUCAAGAACUGCUGGGACAUCCUCAAAUGUGAGAAUAAGACGUUCCUUACGCUUGUCACCUCUGCGUUCCCCUGCGCCAAGGACCAGGAAGCAGUACUGAAUGAGCUUAGACACACAGGGUUUUGUGACGUGUUCUCACACAUCGUCCGCACCAACGCGGCCGGGGAGUCCACCAAUGUCUGGGGCUGCUUUCUCUGCAACCAUCCGGAGAGAGCGGUCGGCUUCCUACAGGACUCCCAGCCGGUCAUUGAGGGACAGCUCAAGGAGAAAAAGGGACGGUGGAAGAUCUUCCGAAGAUGGCGGACUCGCUACUUUACUCUCAGCGGUGCUCAUCUGUCCUACAAGGGCUCGAAGGACGAUAAAGAGGUGACGCCUAUCGACGUUCACCAGAUCAGGUCUGUCAAAGUGAGUCGAGGAGCUCGCAACAUACCCAAGGCCUUCGAGAUCUUCACUGGCGACCACUCGCUCAUACUCAAGCCGAAGGGCGGCAAGAACGCGGAGGAGUGGGUACAAUGUCUGUCUGUUGUGGUGGCGCACUCGCAAGCUAAAGACGUUCCGACUAGAGGCUCGAGUCUGGUGCGAACAUCCGUCUGAUAAAGGUGGAAUGAGUGUUCAGUUGAUUCGUAGUAGUGGUGUUUUGUUGUUUCUGGACCAAUGUAGGAAACGAUCAGGUGAAUUGAAAAAGAAACUAUAUUACUAGGUAAAAUUUUUUGUUUGUAGUGUAACGUUUGUUCAAAUAACAAAGGCUGUCGGGGAUAGGGCCUUCCUGUUGCGAAAGGUUUGUAUUCAUUAACCGCAGGUAGGCCCUAUCCCCAACCGCCUUCAAUGUUUGAACAAACUAUAGUUUAUGAUAUUAAUUGUCUCUCGCUUUGGUUCAGAAGUGGAAAAACCCCAUUACUCUUAGUGUUGGUCAUUGUGAACAAAGAGAAUCCCUUUGUAGUCCCUCCAUUUGCCUUGGUUGACAUAGGUACGAUGUUUAUGAAAUUAAAUCAAUCCAAUAAGUAUUAGCGUUAGGUACCAGACACAAACACUAUUCGUUCCCUUGAAAUGACACAUUGUAUUGUGUUAAGUCUUUUGAUAUAGGCUAAGAAUUAUAGUGGUUCAAUAUUAUGAAUAAUUGGGUUGUAAAAUCUUAUUUAUUAAACGUAUAACAUUUUAGGACUGAGUAUGGCACAUCUAGAAUUUGGUGUUAAUUGACAAGUCAAUAGAUAAAUUGUUAGUAUUAUACAUAUUACCUUACUUAAUAUUCAAACCAAACUAAAAUAAAUUUAUGGAAUGUUUUAUUAUUGAUUUAACAGUAAAUUACGACUUUUGUUGUUUGUGCCUUAUCCAUGUGUGUUGCUAUUCCAUGUGACAUUUUUUUAGAUUGUUAACUAAUUAUUGUUACCUGUUUUUUUCUGAUGUGUGACGUAUGAAAAAUUGUUAUUGUAUUAGUGCAUUUUGUACAACCCCAGGCUGCUAAAAUAUUUAUAUUCAAUGGAGAAAAAAUACCAAGACUGGUGUAAAUCAAGCCUUACGUAUUUAAAAUUAACUGUUGUUGUACAUAAACAUUAAAUAUUUAUACACCAAUAGUAUCUUUGUUUCUAUUACGGUACAGUUAGAAUAUCCCUGCUGCAGCAAACCUACAGACUAAACAAAGUUUGAUUUGCCUGAUUGGAUUUUCACUUAAAUAUUACCUUAAACGUGUCAGAUUUAUUCGCUGUUUGGAUGAUAUUAAUUUUAACGUGUUCUUAGGUUUUAUACUACAGAGAAGGUAAUGUAGUGUUUUUCACAAAAUUUUAAUACAAAUUUUCACCCCAUAAAAACCUGUUCCCAUAGUUCGAUUAUGCUGGUUUGCGAACUUGUUUAAAUAAAUGCAUGUUUGCACCUUUGUACCAAAUUUAAUGAAAAUCUCAUAAUUUUUCUCAUAUUUGUACAAAUUUAAACAGAUUGUGUCUUUGGCCUCUGAGCACAUCAAAACAAAAAUAAAUCCAUCCCUGGUCUAGGUCUUACCAUGAGACUUGUGGUAAUAGGUAGCUUAUUCCCUAUAUGGGAAAUUCGGUAAAAAUCAAGCCUUAAUUCAGUAAGUUUAUUUACAAGGCUGAAAACCAAAAGAAUACAGUGUUACCAAAAGAAACAUUUACAUUCCAGGAUUCCAGAAAGGGUUUUUAUUAAGUCUUGUCAAUUUAUAUCAAUAUAGUGCUUCCACAAUAAUAGCCAAUUGCAAAGUCAUUAACUUAAAUUUAUAAUUAUGGUAGUACGUAAAAUUUGUAUUGCUACUAACAAAUACUUGACAAAUGAAGGCCUGUAAAAAAUGUGAUAAUCUUUAGUAGACGUAGGUAAUUUUUUGAAGUGAAUAGACAUUUUUUAUAGUAAUUGAAUUGAUGUACGUGUGUGAUAUUUUUGUUUCAUAAAGUGGAAGCUAAACAAGCUUUGAGGUAGUGUUAAAAAGUUAACAGAGAUUUUCUAACAUCAGGAGUCAUGGAAAGGAAAUAUUUAAAGUUUUUACUCUACCUCAUGUAUUGUAUUAUAAUUAUAUAGGUACUUGUAAUUUUUAUACAAUAACCAGGGUUUUCUAUAUGUAUUA